GCUGUGUUGUUGUAGUUGUCGGUAUUCCGGAGAAAUUGUGAGUAAAUUCGUUGUUCUCCGAUAAAACAAUUAAAAUGGACCCACCCAGAUCUGAUUAUAGAUUUUGAAACAUUUCUCCAGUCAGCCACUAGGGCGUGUACUAAUCUAAUCUAAACUGUUUCCGAACACGCUGCUCGGAACGCCUUAAAAAACGUUCGUUUGUCGCGCUAUUUGCUGUCCAAAUCGAUGUUCUUGAUGUCAGCCGGCUCCUCCGAUUUUGUGUCUGCAGCCUGGAGAUCAGAGGCUGAGGAGUCCAAAAGGGGUGAAAACGAGAGUCUCUGCUGCUGCGAGUACGUGGCGGAGGACAGUGGACAGCGAUCCCACAUCCUAGGAUGUUGUUGUAACUGCGUGGACUUCGACUUAGUUUGCACGCGACUUAUCACCUGCCGAGCCAUUGAUCGAAGGAACAUCGACGGCAUGCUCAUCGCUUUCCAGGAUAGACUGCGCCUGCCUUGGCGCGGAGGAGCCAAGCGAAUCUCCCCCGCAGCCGUUGCUCCUGCGUUCAUUGUGCCGCUCAUGCUGGGACUGGCCACUCUGAACUCAAAGACCGCCAUAGUGCUGAUGCUCACGCUGGUGGGCUUCACCAUCUGGGGCAUGCAACUGGCCAAGCGGACCGCCACGCGGACAAACUUCUUUUUGAGCUGGCUGGUCUUCUCGGUGUUCUACAUGAUUAUCAUAUUUGAGUUUCAGGUUCCUCUUCUGGAGCUGGCUCCGGAGGAAAACUACGCGUUAAUGUUCUUCUCCUGUGCCGCUUUGUACUGCCUCUACUCCGCCAAGACACUGUCGCCCUUGAAUCUUGUUUCUGCUCAAUACGGAACCACUCCCAAGGAUGAGCUGCCUGGCAUUGCCGAGGCUUCAAGUGGCGAGGAGCAAGCGGAGGCCCAGACCACACUCCAGAUGGAGAGUGUGCUAAGUUUGGAUGAUGACGAGGUGGUCGAUAUGGACACUGCUGAGCGAUCGGGCUUGAUGCACGGUCAGCCCAAUAUCUGUGAGAUCUGCCGGAAGGUGACUCCAAGGCGGGCAUACCACUGUCCCGUCUGCGGAACCUGUGUGAAGAGGCGCGAUCACCACAGCUACUGGCUAAACUGCUGCAUUGGGGAGCGGAACUACGUGUGGUACAUUGUUGGAUUGGCUCUGUCGGAGAUCGCUCUGCUACUCGGCGCAAACUUGACCCUUACUUCGAUUUGCCAUCCUUUCAUGGCGGUGCGACCGCUUGGAUAUCCAGUUCUCUUGCCCGACGACUGCAGUGAGGUGUUCGAGGGCUUCGAGCUUGGAAUCUCCUUUGUGGUGGCUUGCUACGCUCUGCUCAUUUCGGCCUACAUAGCCUUUAUACUCAGUAGACAGGCUUAUUUGUGGUGGAAGGGAACCACCUUGCACGAAUACAAGCGCGCUUCUAACGCCGGUGGUCGCAACCGAAUCUGGAGCAACUGGCGAGCCAUCUUGAAGUGACUACUCACACACCAAAAAGCACAAGCUUGUCGCUAAGAUACUAAAGUAUUUCAAAUCUAAAUGCUGUUCUCGGUAGUUGUACUUAGUCGUAGCGCCUAAAGGUCUUAAUUGCAAUUUAAAAUUUAUUCAACAUAAAUAUAAUUAAGAAACUAAA